UCGCGCCUAAACCCUUGCGGCGAUCGCAGCAGCAGCCAUGGCGGUCGGGGGUUGAUGGCACGCUCGAAGCAAAAGAAGGUGAGGAGGAACCUCACGAGAGGGAAGAGCGAGAGCCUGGCGCCGAUACCUAAGGCUUGCAUUGGAAGAAUAGAGUGCAAGGGGCGGCACCGCACGAAGGGGGAGAGGGAACCAUCGUUCCUUAGACGUUCCGUGCUGCUGGGGGUUCGGUAUACGAAAACGUCUGCCUUCCGAUAUAUCGUUUCUCCCCUCGGCGGUAUCGACGACGUCAUAAACCGCGGUUCGUUCCCCUUUCGUAGUCGCAGGAGAAACAGAAGCAGAUCCCCGGGAAAGGGGACGGCGGGGAAGGGCGAGAGGAAGACGUGCGACGAGCGAUGCAGCUGUGUUCGUGCUUCGGUCCUUCGAAGGCCGAGAGGCAGAGCCGCCGAAGCCGCUCAGAAGAGGCAGGAGCAAUUUGACAAGUCGGCCGCCGGGAGGGCAGCCCGAGCGCAGAUAGCGGCAACAAAGAAAUCCAUCGAGCCGAGCAAAGGAGAACCUGUUCUCAAGGGCGUCGUGGUUGCAGUGGCAGAUGGGAUGAUUACUCUCUUUUUGUGGAUAAUUAACAGCAAAGUCGUAAAUCAACUAUUGCUUCAGCUUCCCUUAAGUACUGUUCUGCCGAUACUAUGAGGGCUAAAAGCUUCCAACCCCUCACUGAGCUUCCAGCCACCAUAUCAAGAUACUUUGUUGCAUUUUCUAAAGCUAUACGAAGGUUCCGCUGCACAGUGCUUUCUUUCCCUGGCAAGGCUAUAUACCACCUCAGAAUCAUUUUUCUCAAUGUUUGCAGCAUGUUGAAGUGUCUUCGAAGAUUCAUUCUGUAAUUUUAGUCUUUGUGAAUCAGAGACGACAAUCAAAGACGCACAAUUUCCAUAACAAACAUCAAGCAAGAGGUUGGUGACACCAAGAAAAUGUUUUUGAUUUUGGAAAAUCUCAUUUGCCUUCAUUGCAUAUUUUGCCCCUUCCCAUCCAUGCUUGCAAUGGACGUUCACAGCACAACUUAGCUCCUCCUAAUAUGACUGAUGGAAGAUACAUUUAAUGCCUUGCUGAGUAGCUGAAUGCCUUGCUUCAAAGAUACAUUUAAUGCAUCAUCAUCCAGACCAGCAUCAUGGUGACAAAGCGCCAGUACAUACCAUCUGGCAAAAUCUGUUCUACAUGACCUGCCAUAAAUGAGAUGAUUCAUGAUCUCAGGGUCCCAACUUAUUUCUUGAAAGGUCACCUUUCUCAUGAGUAUCAGCAACAAAAGAAUUGCUUCCUCUUAUGUUAGACGUUGAAGUUGCGGAGGCAGGCUUGCUUAAUUCAGCACCACCAUAGAGCAGAGCAACUGCCAGGUCUUUCUGUAAGCUAGCUAGCCCACCCAUGGCUUCAUUAGGAAGGGCUCGGCGACAUGCAGCAAUAGCUUCUUCCUCAAGAAAUCCUGCUUGGGAAACAAUUCUAGAGCUUUGUGAAACAUUUCUUUCAA